AGAUAUACAAUGGAGCUAAAACCUUUAUUGAAGAAGCUGGGCUCAAUUAUCCGCACCAUCCUCACUUUCCUCUUUGCUCUGCUGGUCCUGGGCGUGAUGGUGUGGGCCUAUGUUUGUGGUUUCCAGCUGGUGACCUCCUUGUAUGGACUCAUCUCCUUUGGCUUUUAUGGACUUCUGCUUGCACUCCACUUGCUUGUCCAGAGCUUCUUUGCCUUCAUUGAGCACAGGCGAAUGAAAGCUUGCACAAACCCGUGCACCUUUACCAAAACUAUUGGCCUCACGAUAUCAGCUUACCAGGAGGACCCCGCAUAUCUCAGAGAGUGCCUCAGCUCUGUCAGGGCCCUCAAGUAUCCCCCUGAGCUGCUGCGCAUCAUCAUGGUGAUAGACGGAAACACACCUGAGGACCAAUACAUGAUGGACAUGUUUAAUGAGAUAUUUGCUGACCAAGACCCUGGCUGUUAUGUGUGGAGGAACAACUACCACACAUGGAACCCCACCCAGGCCCAGCAGGAUGUAGAAAUGGCUACUGUAAACGUCCCAGGAGGGGAUGCUGAUCAUUCACCAGGAGAGGAUCCACAGAGAAAAGAGGUAGAGCGGCUGAUCCAGAGCAGGAGGUGCGUGUGCAUCAUGCAGAAGUGGGGCGGCAAGCGGGAGGUGAUGUACACAGCGUUUAAAGCACUCGGGUCAUCAGUAGACUAUGUGCAGGUGUGUGACUCGGACACUAUGCUGGACUCCCUGGCCACCGUGGAACUAUGUAAAGUGUUGGAGAGCACUCAAUACGGUGCUGUGGGAGGGGAUGUGAUGAUCCUCAACAUGAAAGACUCUUUCAUCAGCUUCAUGAGCAGUCUUCGGUACUGGAUGGCUUUCAACGUCGAAAGGUCUUGCCAGUCCUUCUUCAACUGUGUGUCCUGCAUAAGUGGUCCUUUGGGUCUGUACAGGAAUGAUCUCCUCCAGCAGUUUCUGGAGUCCUGGUACAAUCAGAAGUUUUUGGGAAGUCACUGCACAUUUGGUGAUGACAGGCAUCUUACCAACCGAAUGCUGAGCAUGGGCUAUGCCACAAAAUACACAGCCCGCUCCAAAUGCUACACAGAAACACCUGCACAGUUUCUGCGCUGGCUCAACCAGCAGACUCGCUGGACAAAAUCUUACUUCCGUGAGUGGCUCUACAAUGCAAUGUGGUGGCACAAGCACCAUCUCUGGAUGACCUAUGAGUCCAUUGUCUCAGGUAUUUUUCCCUUCUUUGUCACUGCCACCAUCAUCCAGCUGUUUUGGACAGGCUCAGCGUGGGAUAUCCUCUGGGUCCUGGUCUGCAUCCAGCUGAUCGCGCUGGUGAAAGCGGCUUAUGCCUGUGCCUUGCGCCAAAACAUGGUGAUGUUGUUCAUGUCUCUCUACUCGGUUCUGUACAUGACCAGCCUCCUACCUGCUAAGUACUUUGCCAUUCUCACCAUGACCAAAAGCAGCUGGGGGACAUCAGGUAGACGUAAGAUUGUAGGAAACUACAUGCCCCUCCUCCCACUGUCAGUGUGGACAUUAAUUUUAUUAAGUGGGAUCGGUUACAGAAUCUACAAGGAGAGUCAACUGGACUGGUCAUCUCCAGCCAAGAAACUGGAGACCAAGUUUCUUAUCUUUGGCUGUGUGGCCUACGUGUGCUACUGGCUGCUUAUGCUGAUCCUCUACUGGGUGUGGUUCCGAAGGUUAUGUAGAAAACGCUCCCAAAGUUACACUUUGAGUGGUGUGUAGGUCCAAAGUGUCCUGUGAAGAACUAAGAGAAGGAAUAUAAUUUAUUUAAGUUCAACCAUUUACCUUAUAGUUAUACCUUUAUUCAUUUAUUUAUUUUGUCGCGCAUUGAAGUAACUGAUGGACGGAAGGAUUCUUACACAACUGAUUUUCUAACAAACUUUUAAAAAAUGAACAAUUUAACAAGUAUUGGUGAAACUGAUUAAAUGAAUACCAUCCAUAUUACCAGACAUUUUUGAAUUUUUUUUACUGUUAUAUAUGAGGACAAAUGUUUGACUCAUAUGGAGAUGUUGUUGCACAUUUAAAUGAAACUGUAAUGAAGGCUUUCUGGCCCACACACUCAGGUUUCUCUUUGUCAGAUUAUGAUGGCAGAGAUGGCCUUCCAUCAGAUAUUUAUUCAUGACAUCUAAAGAUUGAGAAAGUGCUAUUCAAAUAACAUUUUGUUUUUAUGGAUGUGGAUCUUGGGGUAUGUGUAUUGCUUUAGCAACACAAAGACCACCCCUUAUGGAUGUUUCACUUUGUUGUUGUUGUUAUUGCACUGGAUCCUGGUUGGCACUUUCUGCAGCAUUGCAGACCUACUUGAAAAUACAGAAAAUGGCAGUUUGUCAGAUUGACAUGUAAGUUUUCUGUAUAUACGUUUGGUAUUAUUUGUUGGAAAGGCUGGAUGUUGUCUGAAAAUGUGAAAUAAAUGAUGAUUUAUAUAAAUAAAAAUCAAAUAUUUUUCUAACUUCUACAGUUCUACAGUUUGACUGAAAAUCAUGUUUUACAGUACAGAGAACAACAGAAAGUUUGACUGGGUAAAUAAGUCAAAUCACACUCAGUUACGUGAUACAGUUUACAGGUGACACAAUGAUUGAAAGCAAAAUGUAACAUGACGUCAAAUUAGGCUUCAUGCUACACACCAGCAUCUUACACUUCUUCUGUGUUAGCAUUAGUGUAGUUGCUAACAUUAGUGGGACACCUGACCUGUGUGGCAGUGAAUGUCCAUGUUGUACAGAACCACAGUCACAGUUUUGACAAGACUUCACUAUACUGAUAAAAAAAUGUGAAAAUGCCUGACAGUGGCAGUGGUUAGGCUAAGUGUCAAGGAUCUCCCUGUAGUCUUCCAAGUGAGUGGUCUUUUAUAAUAUGCCAACUAAAAGUUGCCCACAAGCAUCCUCAUGCCUUUCAUAGCCAAAUAGAAAUGUAUACGAAAAUGUGUACUAGAUAAUCUGCAUAGAAAAAAUAAACACACUCUAAUGCUGAUGUAAAAUGCAAAUCAACAAGCAAAGAACUGAGAUUCACAAAAACACAACAACUGGAUUCAUAAAUGCCUAAAAAGUUGUAAAUGUUAGGAUGACAUUCACAAAUGCUUUAAUUUCUUUAUUAAGAGUAUUCAUUCAUUUAUUAAUUAAUAUGUA